AUGUAUAACCCCGCAGUAACAGUUCGAAGGAUCGAUGUUUUGAUCCGUAUUUUAGGCAAUCGUAAAGUGAUAUUAAGCGCAAAUCCAGUGAGAGGCUUCGCCAGUGAAGAUAAAGUGACUAUUGGGGAUGUCAGCAAGGAGAUUAAAAACCCUAAAAAGGUUGAAUAUGUGCCCAGAAAGUACCUGACUAUAGAAGAUGCGGAAAUACGAUCUUUAUCACAGAGUACAUUAAGGAACUUGAGAUGGAUGAUGCAAAAAGAUCUUCUUGGUCAAGACAUGUUCCUUCUCGGCAGGCCAGGGCCAAGCAGGAGGAAAGUGGCUCUUCAGUACUUAGAGCUGACGCAGAGAGAACUAGAAUAUGUGGCUUUGUCAAGGGACACUACAGAGGCAGACCUAAAGCAGAGACGUGAGAUCCAGAAAUCUACUGCUAAGUACUUUGAUCAGAGUGCUGUCCGCGCAGCGAUAGAAGGCCGCGUGCUCGUUCUAGAAGGCAUUGAGAAGGCGGAGCGCAAUGUGUUGCCAGUACUCAAUAAUCUGCUUGAAAAUAGGGAAAUGCAUUUAGAAGACGGCAGGUUCUUGGUUCCAGCGUCUAGAUAUGAUAAAUUGUUAGAGGAACACGGUGCUGAAGAAGUAUCACGAUGGCGUCUUGUCCGCGUAGAUGAGAACUUUCGUGUGAUCGCCCUUGGUCUCCCAGUGCCAAGAUACAGUGGACAGCCCCUAGACCCACCUUUGCGGUCCAGAUUCCAGGCCAGAGAUGUUGCUACCAUCGGCUUUGGGUCGACGACAGUUCUAGAGUCAACGUACUUAAAGAAUCCAUGA